GAGAGUCCUAGCUGAAGCUCUCCGUGUAGAACUUUCUGGUUAUUUAGGGGAUGUGGGGACUUAAGAAAUCAGAAAACAGCAUCAUAGGCAGGAGAGUUCGUUUGCCCUGCUCCUGUUUUCCUUGCAGCCUUAGAGGGGCGUCCUCACCCCACACUUUACUCUCCAGCACCCCCACUGGACACACUCCCCGGACACUAUUUCCGUUACCUCCUCAGACUGGCCUGGGGUGAGGGCCCAGGUCUGACCAGAACCCCCGGAGUAACAGUUACCCCUCCAUGGCCGACCCCUACCUGUCCAGCUAUUACCCGCCGUCCAUCGGAUUCCCUUACUCCGUCAGUGAGGCGCCGUGGUCUACCGGAGGGGACCCCCCAAUCCCGUACCUCACCACCUAUGGACAGCUCAGCAACGGGGACCAUUUCAUGCCCGACGCUGUGUUCGGGCAGCCCGGGGGCCUGGGGAGCAACAUCUAUCAGCACAGGUUUAAUUUCUUCCCCGAAAACCCUGCCUUCUCGGCCUGGGGGCCGAGUGGGUCUCAGGGCCCGCAGGCCCCGAGCCCAGCUUACGGGAGCAGCUACACCUACCCGCCGAGCUCCCUGGGCGGCACGAUGGUGGACGGGCAGACCGGCUUCCACAGCGACACCCUCAGCAAAGCUCCCGGGACGAACAGCCUGGAGCAGGGCAUGGUCGGCCUGAAAAUCGGCGACGUCACCGCCUCUGCCGUCAAGACGGCGGGCUCAGUGGUCAGCAGCGUGGCCAUGACCGGCAUGCUGUCUGGGAACGGCGGGACAAACGUAAACAUGUCGGUGUCGAAGCCAACGUCCUGGGCCGCCAUCGCCAGCAAACCCGCCAAGCCGCAGCCGAAAGUGAAAGCCAAGAGCGGACCUGCCCUCGGGGGUGUGCUGCCCCCUCCUCCCAUAAAGCAUAACAUGGACAUCGGCACCUGGGAUAACAAGGGGCCCGUGCCCAAGGCCCCGGCGCCCCCCCACCUGCCGGCCGCCCCGCCCGCCCCCCAGCCCCCGCCGCUCGUGCCGCCUCUGCCCACUCAGGCCCCCACGCUGGCCCAGCCACAGUACCAGAGCCCUCAGCAGCCGCCCCCCACCCGCUGGGUGGCCCCACGCAACAGGAGCGCAGCGUUCGGGCAGAGCGCAGGCGCCGGGGGUGACAGUCACUGUCCGGGUGGCGCCCAGGCCGGCGGCACCCCGGGCGUGGAGUGCCACCCCGUCCUGGAGAAGCUGAAGGCGGCACACAGCUACAACCCCCAGGGGUUCAACUGGGACCUGCGCAGCGGCCGCGUGUUCAUCAUAAAGAGCUACUCGGAGGACGACGUGCACCGCUCCAUCAAGUACUCCAUCUGGUGCAGCACCGAGCACGGCAACAAGCGCCUGGAUGGCGCCUUCCGGGCCCUGGGCAGCCGCGGGCCCGUCUACCUGCUGUUCAGCGUCAACGGCAGCGGCCACUUCUGCGGCGUGGCGGAGAUGAAGUCGCCCGUGGACUACGGCACGAGCGCGGGGGUCUGGUCUCAGGAUAAGUGGAAGGGCAAGUUUGACGUGAAGUGGAUUUUUGUCAAGGACGUGCCCAACAACCAGCUGCGGCACAUUCGGUUGGAGAACAACGACAACAAGCCGGUCACCAACUCCCGCGACACGCAGGAGGUGCCCUUGGAGAAAGCCAAGCAAGUGCUGAAGAUCAUCGCCUCCUACAAGCACACGACGUCCAUCUUCGACGACUUCUCCCAUUAUGAGAAGCGCCAGGAGGAGGAGGACGUGGCUCGCAAGGAACGACAGAAUCGAAACAAACAAUGAGGACCUGCCUUUUUCUUUCAUGAUGUAAUGUUUGAGACACGGCGUCUAAGAAGCGCGCUCGGUGCUGUCCUGGUUCAGCCCCGCUCUUGCAUCUCUGCGUUCUCUGUGGUCUCCUUCUGCCCAGAGGGCACCUGGGUAUUUUCCUAUGUAUUCUAGUCUUGUAGAACUCACUAAUAAAGGAGGAUGGUUUUUGUCA